UUUAUUUACUUAUUUAUUUAUUUUUCACAAUCGCCGUCUCUCCCUUCCAAGACUCUUCUUCUCUAUACGCUCCUUCGCUCGCUCUCUCGCUCGCUUCAUCUUCUCUCUAUCUCUCUAUUUCUCUAUUUCUCUAUUUUUCUCUCUCUCCGCCGUUCCGUUUCUCUCUGCCGUUCUCCCUUCUCUCUGCCACCGCACGGCAGCUGAAACUCAUCCAACCCAACAAACAGACAAAAACCCUAUUCUCUGUUCCGAACAACCCAAGCCUCAUUUUCUCCCAUUCACAAUCCCUUUCCCUCUCUCUCUCCGCCGCCGCUUUCGUUCUCCACACUCUCAAACUCUCUCUUUACCUAUCUAUUUUGUUGUCCCCCUCUUAAGCUCGCAUUUCUUUUUGUUUUGGGGACAUACAGCAACCACUGGGAGGCAGUUAUUGAAAGCAGUUACGCCUUCUGGGGUUUCUCUCAAUCAGUCUUCCGGGUAGGGUUAGUUCUUCGUCUUCAUCGGAUAUCUCACAGGUUUUAUUAUCUAUCUCUUCUGUAUUUCUCUUGCGGGUUUGGACCUCUACGGAAGUUUUUUUUUCUUUUAACGGAGGGUGCAUAAUUUGGUUUAGGGUUUCUGAUAAUUUUGUUUUUUUGGGCACAUUCAAUCGGACUUGGGAUUCUGGUUAUUCCAAUUUCUUAUUUAGCUAGGGUUUCUUUUUGUUCUCUGAUCGAACUGUUUUGACGGGGAUAAUCUUCUGUUCUGGAAUUGCUUCACCACCUCUUUAUUCUUGAGGUAUACCUUCUUUAUCUUUCUGCAUCUCAACCGAUUCCCUCAAAGAUGAGGGUUUUCCAAGCGUAUUUUGCUGGCCGAAUCUACAGUUAAUCGAACACGGAGGCAGGAAGACGAGAGUGAGACCUUUCCUUUUAAGUUUUAACAUUCUUUUUAAUUGAACACCUUCAUUUUCUCCCUGAUAUUUCCUCUGUUUUUCAUCCUCUGGUAUUUCACUCCCGUAUGAGAAAUAGGGUAUAUUGAUUUUGCGCAUAAGAUAAGAUAAAUCCCCUUCAUAAUGCGUUCCAGCUUGUAGCCAAAUUGGUAGCUACUUGCUUGAAUACCAGUUGUUGUGAAGUAGGAUAGUUGUAGAAGAUAGACUUCUUUAGUGGCAUUCAGGACAUAAAUUUGAGAACCAUCCCCUGCGUUCUUCUACCGUGUGCGAGUUUGCAAUUCUGAAGCAAUUCACUGCACACCUGUCUUUUCUGGUGGAACCCUGGAUAUGCCAUAAAGUUGAUGAUACAUAUGGUCUGUUGCCGUGACUUGCAUAGUCAGGGAUGGUCGUUAAAGUUCACCCAGCUUAAAAUAGUGGUUAGGCAUUUGAAAUAAUAAAGUACGGGCUAGAGUUUUAUAAAUUCCUCUGCACAAGGAGUACAGUUUUUGGAAAUUUGAGGUGGUAAAGAAGGCAAGACGUGCUCUUUUCUUCUGAUAUUUUGAUCAUGUUCAGUAUUCCUUAUGGAAAGAAGUGAACCCACAUUAGUCCCAGAAUGGUUGAGAAGUACUGGAAGCGUUACUGGUGGCGGCAAUUCAAACCACCACUUUCCGUCGUCUUCUUCCCACUCAGAUGUGCCCUCUCUAUCUCAAUCGAGAAAUAGAAUUUCCAAGACCACUGGCGAUUUUGACACUUCGCGUUCUUCUUUUCUGGAUCGGACAUCUUCAUCAAAUUCAAGGAGAAGUUCGAGCAAUGGUUCUUCUAAACAUGCAUAUAGUAGCUUUAACAGGGGUCAUCGUGAUAAGGAUCGUGAGAAAGAAAAGGAUCGGUUGAACUUUGGAGAUAAUUGGGACCGUGAUGCUCAUGAUCCUCUAGGAAAGAUUCUUUCCAACAGAAUUGAUAAAGAUGCUUUGCGAAGGUCUCAUUCAAUGGUAUCCAGGAAGCAAGGUGAGUUGUUUCACAGAAGGGUUGGAACAGAACUAAAAAGUCACAACAGCAGCAAUGGAAUUCUUUCUGGAACUAGUGUCGGCAGUAGCAUUCAGAAAGCUGUAUUUGAAAAGGAUUUUCCGUCACUGGGAUCUGAAGAAAAGCAGGGAGCAUCAGAAAUUGGAAGAGUUUCAUCUCCUGGUUUGAGCUCACCAGUUCAAAGCUUACCUAUUGGCAAUUCAGCCUUAAUUGUUGGUGGAGAGGGAUGGACCUCUGCUCUUGCGGAGGUGCCCAGUAUGAUUGGAAGCACCCCAGGGUCAUCGUCAUUUCAACAAACUGUUCCUGCUACGUCAGGGGCAGGGCCUCUGAGUGUGACAGCCGGACUUAAUAUGGCUGAAGCUUUGGUGCAGUCUCCAUCUCGAACUCGUACUGCUCCCCAGGUAUCUGAGUUAUCUGUCAAGACCCAGAGGCUUGAGGAAUUAGCUAUUAAACAGUCCAGGCAAUUAAUACCAGUGACGCCUUCUAUGCCAAAAGCUAUGGUGCUUAGUUCUUCGGAUAAAUCAAAGCCCAAAUUGGCAUCAAGAACUGGAGAACUUAAUGCAACCAUCAAGGGUGGACAGCCACAACCAUCGUCAGUUCAUGCCAACCAAUCUCGUGUAGGACAUGUCAAGCCCGAUGCUCAAAAGAGUUCUCACGGGAAGUUUCUUGUUUUGAAACCUGUACGAGAAAAUGGUGUCUCCCUUGCAGCAAAGGAUGUCUCAAGUCCAACUAGUAAUGCAAACAGUAUGGCAGCAAACAGCCAGUUCGCUCUUGCACCUUCAGUUCCACAUGCUCCUUUGAGAAGCCCAAAUAAUACAAAUGUUUCUUCUGUGGAGCGCAAAAUUGCUAGCUUAGAUCUCAAAACUGGAACAACAUUGGAAAAAAGACCGUCCUUAUCCCAAGUCCAGAGCCGGAAUGAUUUCUUUAACCUCAUUAAGAAGAAAACUUCAAUGAGUUCUUCUGCUGUUCUCUCAGAUUCAUGCUCUUCUGUGAAGUCUCCCUCAAUCGGCCAAUCUAAUGAACUAACAAGCGAAGAAAUGGGCAUUCCCGCAAGUCCUCGUGUUAUUGAAAAUGGUGCCGUGGAGAAUAGAAAUGGCAAUAGUUCUGAAGAGGUUCAAAUAUCUCGUGACAGUGGUGAAAAAACUGAGAGCCACGUUGCUGCAGAAUCUCUAGAUGAAGAGGAGGCUGCUUUUCUUCGUUCUCUUGGAUGGGAUGAAAGCUGUGGUGAGGACGAAGGCCUUACUGAAGAAGAAAUCAAUUCUUUCUAUCGGGAGUACAUGAACUUGAAGCCAUCUCUAAAAAUUGGUCGAUGCAUUCAGCCAAAGAUAUUUGUUCCAUCUGAAUCUCGCGAGGACAGCAAGGAUGAUGGAGCCGGUUCUGAAUUGAGCUCAUCUGACUCAGAAGCCUGAAUUACAUUUUUCUUUUUCACCCAUGAGAAGUUCUAGUUCACAUUUUUUAAUGGCAGUGGGGUUAGUUCUUUUUUCUUUUUUUCCCCCUUUUUAAAUUUUUUCCCCUUCUUUUUUGUUUUUGAUGGUUUAAAAGAAAUGCUGAUGAGAGUUGGUUGGGUUGGAAGAAGAGAGGUGGAUGUUAAUUGAACACUGAACAGUGCAAAUAGUGAAAUAAGUUACAGUUGCCCAAAUCAUCCUUGCUGCCUACCUUUACAGCAGAGGAGUUUUUCCGGUUUUUGAAAAAGGGCAGUUGCUGAGGUUUGGCAGGCCUUAAAGAUGUGUAUGCAAAUUUGCAUCUUUUGGUUUA